AUGGUCAGCACCAUCCAGGAAGCGCGAGAUAAACUACUUCUCCAAGAUGUCAACGAGCGCGGAUAUCUCAUAUUGGAGGUGCAGGAGACCUGGGAUGCGUCAGAACUUACCAAGCUCCUACACACUGCAAAAGCACCUGGUCGUGACGAGAUCAAAGGUUUCAAACUCGCUCGAGGAACCUCCGACUGCCUACACGCGCAAGUGGCCAGAAAUAUCUCACUCAGCCUACAGGAUAUUAAAGGAUUCAGCGAAGCACGUGCAUCUAUUCAGCCGAAGAUGGAGUUUGAGGAGUGGAUAGCAGAACCACCUGAGUGCGUUCAGUAUCUCGUCUGCGAACCAUUGGCUAAUCAUGCAGUCAAUCGUCUGCUAGAUGCUGGCUCACAAUGCAAUCGUCGGCCUGAAAUUCCCGGUGUCAAUCGUCCCUACUGGAGUGGAAUCUGCGAGUAA